CGAUUGAAAGAGAGAAUCCAUCAUCUACCAGCACCCAUAUCUCUUUUCUUUCUUUCGUUUUUCCACACAUUGUCUCCUUCUCCUUUUCCCCUUUUUGCCAGAUUUGACCUCUUUAUUCGUGAUAGCAGCCAGCCACCAGUAAUUUAGGAGAAUGGUGUCUCCGGAGAACACGAACUGGCUUAGUGAUUACCCUUUGAUUGAUGGUGUUUUCUCUGAUCAGAAUCCUUCUUUCCCUUGGCAGAUCGAUGGUUCUUCUAGUGUCAGUGUUGAAGUUGAUGGCUUCCUUUGUGAUUCAGAUGUGAUUAAAGAACCAGGCUCAAAGAAGAGGAUCAAAACUGAAUCUUGCACUGGUUCUAGCUCGAAAGCUUGUAGGGAGAAACAAAGACGUGAUAGGCUAAAUGACAAAUUUACGGAAUUGAGUUCCAUAUUGGAACCUGGGAGAACUCCAAAAACAGACAAGGUAUCUAUUAUCAAUGAUGCUAUUCGCAUGGUGAAUCACGCAAGAGACGAAGCGCAGAAACUUAAGGACUUGAAUUCAAGCCUCCAGGAGAAAAUCAAGGAGUUGAAGGAUGAGAAGAAUGAGCUACGUGAUGAGAAACAUAAGCUGAAGACUGAGAAGGAGAGAAUCGAGCAGCAACUGAAAGCGAUCAAUACACAGCCUCAGCCUCAGCCUUGUUUCUUACCAAAUCAGCCAACACUCUCUCAAGCUCAAGCUCCUGGAAGCAAGCUUGUCCCUUUCACAACUUACCCCAGUUUUGCAAUGUGGCAAUUCAUGCCUCCUGCUGCUGUUGAUACUUCACAGGACCAUGUUCUUCGUCCUCCAGUUGCUUAAAGCUUCCCAUCUCUCUACUAUUGACAGUUCAGGUUUCGUCUUAGGCGCUUUUAUUGAUGUACUGAUGAUUCUCACAUAUUGUGAUUGGAGACAUAAUUCUAUGCAACUCGAAACUGUGAUUAUCAUGUAAAAUGAAAAUAAGCAUGCACUAAAAGUCUUGUUUUGAAUAAAUCUCACUGUACAAAAAGUUGAAAAUCAUGGUUUUACA